AUGGUAAGGGAAGAUCUGGAAUUUUUCCUGGGUUUGGUUUGUUGUCAAAUUUUUUUUCUUUCAAACUCGAUUGCUUUGGCUGGGCUAGUGAUCAAAGCAAUCGAGUUUCAAGUCAGUUUGUUGACAAGCUUACUCACAUUCCCUCCAUGGUUACUCCAUUACUGCUUUCUCAUCCUUUUCGAUCCUUUUAGUACAAUUAGGUUCGGCAGACGGUUUCUUAUGGCAAGAGCUGCAGUGAUUAGUGAUAUGUUAUUUGGGACUAUGAAUCCCUUUAGGUUGAGUUGGUUAAAUGAUACCAAACGGAUGUUUAGUGUUGCUUACAAGUUUGGUUGGGGUAUGUUUUGGGCUGUUUAUGUAGGCAUUGUGCUUCUUGGCUUGUUGGUUUCGUCUCUUAUGGUUGGUGGUUAUAUGAUAAACCGUAUAGCGGAUGAACCAUUUGUUGUCAAGGAGACUUUGAAUUUCGAUUACACCAAGAAUAGUCCAGAAGCGUAUGUGCCAAUAACCUCGUGUGCUGGUGUUGACUGUGUGGGAAGUUGUAAGGAGAGUAAUGAAAUGUCGAAGAUCAGAGGCUUACGUGCUAUACCUCGAGACCAAAAGUUAGAUAUCACUCUUUCAAUGACAUUACCUGAGUCUGCAUACAAUAAAAAACUCGGCAUGUUUCAGGUUCGGGUGGACUUCUUAUCUGCGGAUGGUCAAACGAUUUCUAGUAUAAGGCGUCCCUGCAUGUUAAGAUUCAGAAGUGAGCCUAUCCGUCUUGUUCAGACAUUCUUUAAAGUGGUUCCGUUAGUGACAGGAUAUGUCUCUGAGAUCCAAACCUUGAGAUUGAAGUUGAAAGGCUUUGUAGAAAAGGACAUUCCCACCGCUUGUUUAAAGAUAAUUAUCGAACAACGGGCGGAGUAUCGACCCGGAGCAGGUAUUCCAGAGCUGUACGAUGCAUCCCUGUCGGUUGAAUCCGGUCUUCCUUUCUUCAAGAAAGUUAUAUGGAAAUGGCGGAAAACUUUGUUCGUCUGGAUCAGCAUGAGUUUGUUCAUUACAGAAUUGAUUUUCACGUUGGUUUGUUGCAGACCUCUGAUUAUACCAAGAACACGACCUAGAAACAGACCACCUUCAAACCCAACGACUGGAAGUAGAUGAUGAAUCCAAUACUGUACAGCAUGUUUGUUACACUCUGAAACGGUAUUUUCAGUUUCUGUUAACUUUACUUCCGAGUUCUUUGAUUUAACUGUAAAUUCAUGCUUACUAAUGAAAGUUAUACCUUAUACGCAUAAGACAUGUGGUUUGGAUUUAGAAGUAUGUCGUUUAAACGAAUGUGAGUAAAUAUAAUGGAAGAGAGCACCGUUGUAUAUCAGUAUCUGAGAGAACAAAUGUGCUUAAAUUAGGCAAUAUAACUGUUGUACAUGUA